UUGUCAAUCAUUAGGGAUAUUAAGGAAAGGGCUGACGGUUGCCAAGAUGAAGCACUACGAGGUGGAGAUCCUGGACGCUAAGACCAAGGACAAGCUCUGCUUCCUGGACAAGGUCGAGCCAAAUGCCACCAUUGGAGAGAUCAAGUCGAUGUUCCACAAGAGCCAUCCUCAGUUCUACCCAACCAGACAAUCCAUCCGCCUCGACGCCAAGGGGAAGUCUCUGAAGGAUGAGGAUGUUCUGCAGCAUCUUCCUGUGGGAACGACGGCCACCUUCUACUUCAGAGACCUGGGAGCCCAGAUCAGCUGGGUCACGGUCUUUCUGACGGAGUAUACCGGUCCUCUGGUCAUCUAUCUCAUGUUCUACUUCAGAGUUCCCUUCAUCUACGCACCCAAAUACGACUUCACCACCAGUAAACACUGGGUCGUCCACCUCGCCUGUAUGUGUCACUCUUUCCACUACGUCAAGAGGCUGCUGGAGACGCUGUUUGUCCAUCGCUUCUCUCACGGGACAAUGCCGUUACGCAACAUCUUUAAGAACUGUACCUACUACUGGGGCUUCGCAGCAUGGAUGGCCUAUUACAUCAACCACCCGCUGUACACACCGCCCAUUUACGGGGAGCAACAAAUCCGACUGGCCCUCAUCCUCUUCUUGUUCUGUCAAAUAGGAAACUUUUCCAUCCACAUUGCUCUCCGGAACCUCCGCCCGCCAGGUUCUAAGACCAGGAAGAUCCCCUAUCCCACCAAGAACCCCUUCACCUGGAUCUUCCUGCUGGUCUCUUGCCCCAACUACACCUACGAGCUGGGCUCCUGGCUUGGCUUCACCCUGAUGACCCAGUGCCUGCCGGUGGCCUUCUUCACCGUGGUGGGUUUCGUCCAGAUGACGGUGUGGGCCAAGGGGAAGCACCGCAGCUACCUGAAGGAGUUCCGCGACUACCCUCCUCUGCGCUCGCCCAUCCUGCCCUUCGUCCUUUAGAGGAAGACUCAACCACUCCCUCACCCAUUCAGAGCUCCCUCUUUUGAGGAGUCAAGUACCCCUCCCUCCCCUCGUCUCCUUUUACAGCCCCCAAAUCUCCACUGGAACUUAGUGAACGGACAGAAGGAGCCUGUCUCGUUUCCCUCUUUUGUCUCUGUCCCCUCCUGUCUGUGAACCCAUGUGAUGCUGAGCAGAAAUGUAAAAGAAAUCUCAACUUGCUUUUUUUAACGCCCACCAACAAACCCAUUCUGAUUGGUUAAUUGAUUUGUGUUCUCAGAGCAGUCUUAGCCGCCAAGUCUCCCUGUGUGUGCUGUAUUAUUUACUGUACAUAAAAACUGUAACAUAUGAAACAACAACUCUGGUGUCAUCAAACGCUGUUGUCUUUGUGCUGAAUGGAGAUAUUCAGCACAUCUGGACCUGUUCAGGUUUGAUAUCCAGUGAUCUAAAUUUGAAACCAUGACAGCAUUUAAUUUUUGUUGAUGUCUGCAGUAAUUUAUUAAAAAAAAAGUUAACCAGUG